AUGGCCUCCCUGCUGAGAGAGGAGGAAGAAGCGUUCGUAUCCAGUCGGGACACCAGUGAUCUCGCAAUCCCUACAGCGAAUCCUCUCCGCCACUUAUCACGGUCACCUCAUCCAUACCGCCGGAAAGGUCUACACUGCGCAGACUCGCCGUCGCUUUCGGGGGACCACAGCGACAGGCCGACCCAGAACCCCUCACAAUGGCCAAAAACCUCUAGCGACAGCGGGACCGAGGCGGACGAUGAAAGUACGGGGAUCCUAAAAGGUUUGCCUGCUCCACCGGUGCGACUGCGCAAGGGACUGCGAUCGACCUGGAACGGCAUCGACGACAAUGAUUUGUGGUCCCCCAUACUGCAACCGUGGCCGUCGUUCGCACGGUCGACGUCGCAGAGCUCGCGACGGGGCUCCGGUGAGGGGCUGGAAGUCGGAAUACAUUGCCUCAGAGAUCAGAACCGUCAAAAGAGACGCAUUGAGGUGCUGCGGAGGUUAUCGGAGGCUGCGCUGCUUCUCUCUGUCGGCGGUACCGUGCUGUGGCAGGAAAGUGCGAGGAGUCUUGCCUGGGCUUGGAAGAAAGAACUCCUCACUCAUGCUCUACUUGUGGCUUCGCUCUAUGCCGCAUAUCCUCUCCACCAGACUCGACGCUUGCGGUUGUCUAGGCUAUCCUCCUUCGCCAUACCUACAACAUUCGAACCGGCUUCUCUCCUAUAUCCAGUCCUAAUACCGAUCUUUGUUUCUUUAUCCAUAUCGCACCAUACCCCGACCUUGAUCCUCCCGAACAUCCUUCUUAGUCUUUCGUCUCUACCUGCCCCGGUUGUGCCCCUUCAUGGAUCGGUCCAUGGCCAUAGCAUUUCUCAUUGGAUGAUUACUUUGAUACCCAUUUUGGCCUCGGAGCAGUGGUCUGCAGAUGGCACCACACCUACGCCUUUGUCUUUCCGUGGCCUUAAUUCCGAGCUAUUGACUCUUGUUUUUCCUUUGCACCAAGCAUUGAUACCCACUUUAGAUUUUCUGUUGACUUCUAGUGUCCUUCCAGCGGAAUUGCACCUCUUGACGACUGCUUUGAUUAAUUUGUUUUUAUUUGCGACUUCUCCACAAGCGGAGAUUCUGAAAGCACUUCUCUGGCUCGGUGGGCUCUGUGUCUUCGCCUCAUGCCGGCAUGUGCUUCGAUGGGAGGUCGCCCUAGCUCGGAUCCCGACAUGGAAGUUCCGAAGAUCUCCCAAGUCAUCGCGCUCACCAAAGAAUAUGUUGAAUUUGAUCGACCAUAAGCUCUGCCAAAAGCUUAGUCGAACUACUUCCUCGGAAGAGGUCAUUUCUGACAGCGAUUACCCUCGGGGUCAUCUGCUCAAACCACGCAAGCCGAUGCACACAACCCGGACCAAGACGGCACUCAAAGGACUGGACUCUGCUACUGCUGAUAAUGUAUCCACCGAGGAAGUGUUUGAGCGGCACAUUACCGUGACGCACCGUCGGCGGCACACGAUCUCCACCUUCACGGAGGUCGUGCACAAAGAGCGCAUCCGGACUACCCCCAGCGGCAGGCGCAAGCGAUCAAUGGCCCCGGGUCUCUCCUCUUUUCUCUCAUUGACGGUACCCCAGGCUCAAGUCCGCAAAUGGUUAUAUGCCUUUUAUGUUUAUAUUGCCGUAUCAGUCGUUAUACUAGGCCCUAUUCGGAAAUACGUGAGUGAACGAGCUUUGCAGGGCAAUGAACCAUUUGGAUGGGCACUUGGAUAUCUGCUCGGGAACGUAUCAUGGUUCAGGUUCUGGGUGCUUAUGUGGAAUCUAGACCACUGGAUUCCUCUUCCCGCUCGUCUGGACGAGGAGGAUCUGAACGCCUUCUGCUCGCUUGGCUGGGUUGAGCACCUGCGCCAAGGUACGUUUGGAGAGGCGAAUACGCGCCUCAUGAUUGCUGCCUAUUGCGCCAUGGUGCUCUUGACUGGUCUGGCUAUUGUUUUCCAGUUGAGCACCGUGGCCGAAGUGGAUACCAGACGCAAAGUCUUUCACGGCAUGAUGGUGCUGAUGUUUCUUCCGACUGUCUACAUUGACCCAGCCUUUUGUGCUUUGGCGCUCGCAAUCGUCUUAUCGGUCUUUCUCCUUCUUGACCUUUUCCGAGCUUCUCAGCUCCCACCAAUUUCGCGCCCUCUUACCUAUUUUCUAGCGCCCUACGUCGAUGGUCGUGACCACCGAGGACCCGUCAUCAUCUCACACAUUUUCCUCCUCAUCGGCUGCUCCAUUCCUCUCUGGCUCUCGUUGGCUGACAUUCCGCGGACAGGGAGCAGUCCCUGGGCUACCUGGGAUGUCGCUUCGAGGGAUAUCAGCAUGGUCAGCGGCGUGAUCUGCGUUGGCAUGGGCGACGCAGCCGCGUCCCUGAUUGGCCGACGUUUCGGUCGCCGCAAAUGGUUCUGGGGUGGCGGGAAAUCCCUCGAGGGUAGCCUGGCUUUUGCCAUUGCCGUGUUCUGCGGGCUCAUGGUUGCACGCAUCUGGCUUGCAGUGGGACAGUGGCCCACGAUUGGGUCGGACGCGUCGGAUUCGCUUUUCUGGUCUGUGACUGUGCUCAAAGCUAUUAUUGCCGCUAGCGCAACGAGUGCGACUGAAGCGAUUCUUACCGGAUGCAAUGAUAAUGUGGUUGUGCCGAUUAUCUUGUGGCUGUUGGUCCGAGGGCUUGGUCUAUGA